AUGAUUUUAAGUGAAAGGUUCAGCUGUGGAGCUCAAUUCACCUGGUGUGGAAGUGAAAGUGUGGCUGUGUGCAUGCACAUCCAGAAACCCCACAUGGGGAAAACACCAAAAAGAAAAGUUCCCCAGUGUCUUGAAAUGAGUGAUCAUUUUGAAGAAAAUUGUACCGAGAAAAGCAAUUCUGCCCAUGAGGAACCUGCAGAAGCACAUGCCCCUCCUGCUAAGGACUGUCAAAUAGCACAGAAGCAACUGCAGCAAAUAGAGCGGCAACUAAAAUGCUUAGCGUUUCAAAACCCAGGACCUCAGGUAGCCGACUUCAACCCUGAAACUAGAGAGCAGCAGAAGAAAGAGCGUAUGGCAAAGAUGAACCAAGAUUUUUUUUAUAAACACAAAACUAUGAAGAAGUAUGACAAACAUGGCAGGCUGCUUUGUAAUAACAUGGAUUUGUGUGACUGCCUGGAGAAGAACUGCCUGGGUUGCUUCUAUCCGUGCCCUAAGUGCAAUUCGAACAAAUGUGGACCAGAGUGUCGCUGUAAUAGAAAAUGGGUUUAUGAGAGAAUUCAGACUGAAGCUGGUGAAGUGAUCAGCAUGUUACCAUUUUUUGUCCCUGAAUGAUGUUUUUCUGCUAGCUUUUGUGACUGAGCAAUGUUUUUCUUUUCAUUCUUUUUUAUUUUUUAACCUUUAAUAAAAGUGAAUUUUGGUUUUGUGAAAGGGGCUGGAUUGACUUGGCUAAAGUACCUGUUAGUGGUGCUCAUGCGCCUUUCUCUGCCUCACCAAUAUGCCUUAAUCCUCACCAUUAGGGACAAGUAUAUAUUUCAUUCUCCUUAAUCCUUGGCAACUUUGCUGAGGCAGCUAACAAGGUGUUCCUAAGUCUUUACUUUCUAAAAUUACAGGUGUCAAGAAUGCUGUGGUCAGACAACAUCCUUACUCUGGAAAACAGGAUCACAUUGCUUUGAUUUUUUUUCCUUUUUUCACAUAUGCACAUAUACAACAUAUGACAAAUCCAUUCUUCUUUGAGUGAUUCCGCUUGUAUUCUGCUUCUCCUGGUGUGCAUGCACUGCAUGCGGGCAGGUAGCAA